UUGUUUUCAACACUGAAUACCAGACCGAGGCUUGCAGAGGACUAAUAUUAGGUAUUCAACCACGACGAGGUUGUUGUAGUCGAAUUAGAUGUCAAGUUUUUCAUGCCGCAAGUCAUUUUCUGGGAGUAAAAAAUACACAGACUGGUCCUGUUCUCGAGCCCUGUCUGCGGUGGCUGUCGUGAACGUGCCACCCUUGAUAUAUGUGAGUCGCGAAAUCACAGUAUCGCUAUGGAUGCCAGAACACAAAGUCGGGCCCGGUCGACGACAUUACAUGCGCCGCCGCCGCCAUCGACGAGAAAACGCAAAGCCAGAAGUAGCCGGUCUGCAGAAGAAGGCGACAGCGGCGACGAUGGCAAGAAACGAGGCCGACCGCGUGUGGACAAGCACGAUGAAUCUGCUGCAGAUCGCAGAAGGACUCAGAUCCGAAUGGCACAGAGAGCGUAUCGACAGAGGAAGGAGUCUACUCUGGAAGAACUACGAAAGCGGGUCUCGGAAUUGACCAAUACUGUGGAGCUCAUGAAUAAAGCCUUCACGGAUCACUACGAUCGUCUCUUUCUCCUCGGGCUUCCCAGUAGGCAUCUGCAGGAUGUUCGCGAGACUGCGGAGCAUUUUGAAAACCUGAUGAAGGGCAUGCGUAACCCGUGUGAACACUCUCUUGACGAUCCCCCGGCCAAAAGCCAGCGAGAGUCUACGAGCUCUAUUCAUGGUAGCAGUACGGAGCAAUAUCAGACUACAAUGGAGCCUCGAAACGUCCCAUCCUGGAUUGAUCGCUCUGCUAUCUUGGAGCAACAGCAACCCAAGCCACAAGAUCCAGCAUCAGUGGGGCUUGGCUACACUUUGUAUAUGCCAGAACCAGAGGAGAUGGAAGAUGUUGAGCAAGAGUGCUUCGCUCCUCUCGAUCCGACAUCCACGGCACUGACAUCGCCAUCCUCCCUAGAACUUCCUCGACAACCACAACAGCGGCAGAGCUUCGAGCUCUUCCCACAGGAAAUCCCCGAAUACCCAUCGAUUCCAGCUUCCCCCACUCCUCCGCGAACCUACUCAUUCCAGGAAACGACUUUCGGCCGACGCCUCCAUCGAGCUGCACUCGAACAGGGCUAUCAGCUCCUGCUCAACCCCCAACGUCGUCCCGCAACCUACGACCGAGUCUUCCGCCUGUCCCUGAUGAGUCGCAGCCGCGACAAAGUCCUUGCACACAUGAAAAUGAUGCUCGAACGUGGCCCCCACGAAUCUCUCGAUCAAGAUACUCCGCUCAUCCACGUCGGAGGAGCAGGCACGCAUUAUCCCCGACGACGCGCCUUUGGUCAUUUAUCUUCUUCUCCUAAGGACAGUUGUUGGCACAUGGGCAUCAUCGGUCCUCAAAAUCUCGCGUUGUUGGAGAAUGCAGCGAAAGAUAACAUCGCCGUGGACAUGACAGUGGAGAUUGCCGGGUUCGAAGGCGAGUGGUUGGAUCCGUAUGAUGUGGAAGGCUAUCUCGAGGAAAAAGGAAUUCUUCUCGAUCCCGCUUCAUCGUUUGCCGCAGUUGAAGUUCUCCUCCCCCCUUCCCGUCAUGUGAGCGACAGCAAAACAACGCAUUCGACUUCUCCAUACGUGGCGGAAGGUGGUGGGGUUGUCAAGACUCCCAGCUCGAAUUCUGUUCAGCAGCACCGCACGACACCACCUACUGCUCCGCGACCUUUUGACAGAGAACAACUUUUCCAUUUACACAGCAUGGGAAUCGACGCGAGCGCAUAUGAUUCCGCCGCGAAUUUGAUUACGACUACGACUACCGUCAUCACGUCGAGUACAGGUCCAUGUAGUAGUAGUACAGUCGGGGUUUCGGAUCCUUCUUCUUUGACUGGAACCGGAAGCUGGAUGCAUUUUUUCCCACAGCCGGGGGGAGAAGGGGGUGAGGGUACGCAAUGGACCAAAAAGACUAUCAUUAUCGAUGUGGCCAAGUUUUUGAAAAUCCUGAUCGUUUCGGGAGUUUGUCUGAGUCGAACUCCGGGCUAUACGCGACGGGAUGUCGAUCGAGCGCUGGCGCUGGCUUCCUUUGAUGCGUUCUGA